UCAUCAGCUUCCGGAGGUCAGAGUUGAGUAUACCGGUAUGCUCUAUGUAACCAUCCACAUGAAGAAGGUUAUACCAUGGUCAUAACAGAACAAAUGAUGAACAUCGUUUGAGAUAAUAACGUCUUAUAGGUGUUUGUUGCUGCUUGGGUCGUGAUGAGCGUCCCGUCCAUACUAAGAACAGCUGCUCGAAACUUCCUCCCGCCGGGGAGAGGCUCCAGCCGGCUCCGCUGCCGGGCAUUGUCUUCCUGCAGCAACACAAGAAAAAUGUCUUCCAAAAGACAAAUGGACCAUCUAGAAAAGACUUCUAAAGACUACAGGCAGAAUGCAGUUUAUCCGGCUCAAGUGUGCGGCAUCAUCCAGGAGUCUGACACCGUGAAGCGCCUGAGAAUCUCCGUCCAUCCAGACUUCACCUUCAAGGCAGGGCAGUGGGUGGACUUCUUCAUCCCCGGCGUGGAGAAGGUGGGGGGUUUCUCCAUGUGCUCCUGCCCGGGCCUGCUCCAGAGGGAGGGGGUCAUUGAGCUGGCGGUCAAAAAGGCCCUGCACCCCCCAGCCCACUGGAUCCACACCGCGUGCACGGUGGGCGCCCACGUCGCCAUGCGGGUGGGGGGGAACUUCUUCUUCGACCCGCGGCCCGCCCACGCCCCCGCCGACCUGCUGCUGGUGGCCGGGGGCGUGGGCAUCAACCCGCUCUACUCCAUCCUGCUGCACGCCGCCCACCUCGCGCGGCAGCACCACGCCUCCGGGGGGCGGGACUACCGCAUGGGCUCCGCCCACAUGCUCUACAGCGCCAAGAGUGUGCAGGAGCUGCUGUUCAAGAACACCAUCUUGGAGCUGAGCCGAGAGUUCCCCGGCCAGUUCUCCUGUGACCUGCGCGUCACGGAGCCCUCCCAGGACCCCGCCCGGGACCAGAACAUCCUGCCCGUCACCCGCCGUGGGAGGAUCACGGAGGCAGACCUGCGGGCUCACGUGGACCCCCAGAGGACCCUGUGCUACCUCUGCGGACCCCCGCCAAUGAUCGAAGCCAUCUCCCAGUCCCUCAUAGACCUGGGCCUGCCCAAGGACCGGAUCCUCUUUGAGAAGUGGUGGUAGAACUCAGACCCCCCCCCUACACACAGAACUCAGACCCCCAGAAUCCCACUGGGCAGAGAACCCACUGGACCCAACAUCUAUAUUUUAAUUUUUUAAUUUUUAAUUUAAAUCCUGAACGUGAUGUUCUGGCCAAGGAUGCAGCAGUACAACAUGGGUUUACACCUUCAGAUUAUUGCAGGACUGCCACGCCUCUACUGUAAAAACAUUUAUACAUGAAAAUAUAUAAGCAUAUGCUUGCCUGUAUGUGAACAGAGUCCGAACAGAGUAAGCAAGCCUGCAGCUGCUGCACCCUGAUACAUGGAGAGAACACCCAGGGAGUUGGCCUUCUUUUCUGGAUUCAGUUGACGGCGUUGCAGGCUGACCACCAGACUCACAAACACCCCAGCAAGGCAGUGCUUGGCUGAAGACUGAUGCACUUAUUGACCUGCAGUGCAGCAGGGGACCUGCCUUUGAGCCCACAGGACUCUUGAGUGUGGAUUAGAAACGGCCUGGCCCCUUCCUUUUACACUGUGCAACAUGUCUGCCGUUACGUUAGACAAAUAUCUUCAAUCUCUCCUUUAAAUACCUCAGAAAUGUGAUAUUAUGCAAAAUGUGUUUUUUUCUUUUUGAUGCAAUCAAAAAAAACGAUAAUGUUGUACAAUGAUGCCUGUGUACUGUUUUGGUACAGUGAUUUAAAAGACUGAGGAGUAUUUAUAUUUUGUGCAAGUAAAGAUUUUAACAGGGA